CCCUCCCCGCGGGCCAGUGAUUGAAGAAACGGCGAGGAAGAGGCAAGUGGAGAGGUUUGGCUGGGACUGUCAAGUUUCUCUCUGUUCUCGUCCCGAUUGAAAAGUCUUAUUUAAAGUGUUCCAGCACUCCCUCCUCUCUCGUUCCCAGUAACUCCACAAGUCGUUUUGUUAUUCCGCUUGUUCCACGGGUCCCGUCUGCCCUAUCGCUUCCAGCCCAUGGAUUUGAAAGCGGAGGCUCAGCGUGUGAUGGCCGUGGCGUUGGGCAAGAUGUACAGCUGCCGGCUACAAAGGGGCGGUGCUCGCCUCCACCGAAGCUUACUGUUGUCGCUGGUGCUCAGGGGAGCCCAGGAUGUCUACCUCGGCCUCAGAACCGCCCGGCUGCCGGCGCGGGAGGAGCCGGCCGCCGCCGUAAUGGAGGUGCAGGGCGAAGUCCGGGGAGCCGACUCGGCGGGGAGUCCGGCGCAAGGUAUCGAGCUGAUGGACUGUUCGGCGCAACCCCUCGCUACCGCGGAAAGCCCGGCGCAAAGAAUCGAACCGGCGGAGCUGGGCAACUCGGCGGCCGGGACCGAGUCGCAGGGGGUUUCCGGGCGAUGUAUCCAGUCGGGACAGUAUGAGCAGCCCGCGACGCCCGAGCCGGCUCUCCGAGAGAGUCGGAAACUAGCCGAACACCGGGCGGAAAGGGGCAGGAAGCGGACGAAAGGCUGCCCUGAGCCCGAGGGACUCCCAACCAAGCGGGCCAGGCUGGAGGAGCAGGAGGAGAGAGAGGCGAGCCCUCCGUCUCACGUCCUGGCUUCCAGCCUCGGGACGGGACUGCAGCUCAAAGUCAAAGAGUCACAGGGACCACCGAUCUGGCGGGACAGAGUGCUGGGCGAGUUGUCCAUGUGGGUCCGACCCAUCGUGGCUUACUGAGAGGCGGUAAACCUCGAGCAGGUUUUGGCUCGGAAACUGACCGGAGCUUUUGGCAAAGGAGCUUGCCCUGAAAUCCAGACGAGGCAACUCCCUGCUGGCCGAGAGAUCCGCCCGUCUGGCCGUGCUGAGUCGCCCUUAAAGGUGUCUGAACAGCGAAGAAAGUGUAAUCACAGGCUUAAGCUGAAGACAAAGACUGCAAUGGAAAGAUUAUGGUGCCUCGAACCCAGAAGAGACCAGACCAAUUAGUAUCAUGCUGCACAGCGGCAGGAUUCUCUGAAUAAUCCUGACUUGUUAUAACUCGGCUUGUCCUUCCAAUCGUCAACAGACUGAUCUCGUUAUUUGUUUAAAGUCUACGUGCGUGUGUGUGUGCGAGAGAGACAGAGGAACCCGCUCAUUAGCUGUGGGCGACAUGAGUCACGCACAUUGAACUUGUUACACCUCAUUGCGUCAGAAGGUAACUUAUAUGGAAGUCGGAAAUAUAUUUUUAAAAUUCAGGACUUGUUUGGCAUUGAGUGUCACGCACCAUCCUUUUAAAGACUUAUUUUACACUUCAAACUUGGUGGUAUUGUUACCUCAGAAGUUAAAUUCUGCAUACUUGAAAUGUAGUUGUAAAAUUUUAAAGUUGAAACGGACCAAUAAAAAUGAUUUUUUUUUU